UUUACAGGCUUUCCCUCGCCCUGCGAAACCCCUCCCUGACGAGUUGGCCAACCCCACCACCAAUUUUUUGAGAUUUCCCUGCCCCCAAGAAACCAACACCAAAAAAUCAAAGAAACCCAAACCCCGCUCGCUUUCCCACAACCCCUUGCGGAGAAGGAGUUUGCGCGGCGAGUCUCUUCUUCUUCCCCUUCUCUUUUUCCAGUCUCUUUUUCUCUUCUUCUUCUUGUUCGACAGCACUUUAACGGGUUUUGAUUCGCUUCAGUCGUUAAUUGUUCAACAUGAGCGACCCCAACGCCAACGAGGCGGAGAAGAACAUUGAGAUAUGGAAGGUGAAGAAGUUGAUUAAGCGCCUGGAGGCCGCUCGCGGCAAUGGCACCAGCAUGAUCUCCCUCAUUAUUCCUCCCAAGGAUCAGAUUUCCCGUGCGGCCAAGAUGUUGGCUGAAGAAUACGGUACCGCCUCCAACAUCAAGUCCCGUGUCAAUCGUCAGUCUGUCUUGUCGGCCAUUACCUCGACCCAGCAGCGUCUCAAGCUGUACAACAAGGUCCCUCCCAAUGGCCUCGUCGUCUACUGCGGUGAAAUCUUGACCUCGGAAGGCAAGGAACGCAAGGUCAAUAUCGAUUUCGAGCCCUUCAAGCCCAUCAACACUUCGCUCUACCUCUGUGACAACAAGUUCCAUACCGAGGCGCUUGCUGAGCUUCUCGAGUCUGAUCAGAAGUUCGGUUUCAUUGUCAUGGACGGUAACGGAGCUCUGUUCGGCACCUUGAGUGGAAACACCCGCGACAUUGUUCACAAGUUCUCGGUCGAUCUUCCCAAGAAGCACGGUCGUGGUGGUCAGUCCGCUCUGCGUUUCGCCCGUCUCAGAGAGGAAAAGCGUCACAACUACGUGCGCAAGGUUGCCGAGUUGGCCGUCCAGAACUUCAUCACCAACGACAAGGUUAACGUUAUGGGUAUUGUGCUUGCUGGUUCUGCCGAUUUCAAGAACGAUCUCAACGCCUCCGACAUGUUCGAUCAGCGUCUUGCCACCAAGGUCAUCAAGGUUGUUGAUGUGUCUUAUGGUGGUGAGAACGGGUUCAACCAGGCCAUCGAGUUGGCUUCUGAGACCCUCGGCAACGUCAAGUUCAUUCAGGAGAAGAAGCUCAUCGGCAAGUACUUUGAGGAAAUCAGCCAGGAUACCGGCCGUAUCUGCUAUGGUGUUGAGGAUACCCUCAAGGCUUUGGAGCUCGGUGCUGUCGAGACUUUGAUUGUCUUUGAAAACCUCGAGGUCACACGCUGGGUCCUCAAGGACAGCAAUGGUGCCGAGAUUAUCAUUCAUUCUACUAAGCAGCAGGAUGCGGCUAACCGGGACCGGUUCAUGGACAAGGAGACUGGCCAGGAGAUGGAAGUUGUCUCCCAGGAGUCUUUCCUCGAGUGGAUCGCCGAGCACUACAAGGAUUUUGGUACCACUCUCGAGUUCGUUUCGGACAGGUCGACUGAGGGCAACCAAUUCGUCAAGGGCUUUGGCGGUAUCGGUGGUAUCCUUCGGUACAAGGUCAACUUUGAGCAGUUGAACGAAGUGGAUGACGAUGAUGAGUACUACGACGAUUGA